CGCUAGACAGCUUGGCCGGCUGAAGCUCGAGCUCUACCGCUACAGGGCUGAGUGGCUGGCCUUCUACUGCGCACGCAGCCGCUCUCGACGGCGCUCGCCUCAGUUUGGCUCGCCGAGGGCUGGCAUCGCGCUGCAGGUGAAGCUGGCGAGGUUGCUGUGCAGUGGCAUGCAGGCGCUGCGCCCGUCGUCGACGCGCGGGACGUCCGCACGCAUGCGCGAGACCAGUUCGCGAGCGAGCGAUAGCACCCGAUAAUAACAAAGGCGCGUCGCGGCGUCCGACUCGCGCAACCAACCCAAGCACGAUGAUGAACAAACUCACCUGUGUUUAUGACUCCCGGAGGUAACAGACCGGUUUUCGUGAUUUCACAAAUUGGAUAUUCAUACUGUUUGAGUGCACCGCUCGUUGAUUCGAUUGAACCCCCUCGGGGCGAUCGCGCCGCCUUUACCGCGCCGGUCCCCGCAGGCUCCAGAGCUACCGGUGCGCCGGAGACUCUCGCAAGCGUGCAGCGUCGCCACCCCACCUUUCGCGCCCGGCUCGUGAUUAUACCCUUCAUGCACCACUCCGAACCGCAUGUCGACGAACAACACCUAUGGAUAGAUUUAUGAAGCCUCUUUCGCUGCGACGCGGCCCGAUCCAACCCAGGGGGGUGCGGCGUGUCACUGGCCUUUCCUCCGCAGGCGCAUCUUCUAUUCUCGAGGCGGUGACGUUUGAUCAAAGGUGCGGCGCGGCGUGAAGAAACGACCCUUCGACACCGGGCCAUGUCAAAUUCCCGCCGGUCGUUAAUCAAUGAACGUGCGGAGCCGAAGUGCCCGGGAGAGCCGGACCGGGCCCUGCGAAGGGCCCCUGCGCUCGCCAACGCAAAGCCCGCCCGCGCGUCUUCGACGCCUCGCGGCUGCCGCGGUAGCGCGACAGUUCCCUGCUUCACAGGCGAUCCAGCGCAUGCGGGCCGCGCGAGUCCUCGUCGGCGCGCGGCGCGCUGCUGCUGCUGCCGCGCGCCGCUCCCUCGCGACGUCGGACGGGCGGCGGCUCGCGCUCAGUUUUAGCGGCUCGGGCAUGAUGAUGGCGUAUCACUUCGGCAUCGCCGCGACGAUCGCCGAGAAGUCAAGCUUGAUGGACCGCGUCGACCGCGUCCACGGCACGUCAGGAGGCGCGAUCGUAUCCCUCGUGCUCCUCGAAGCGCCGGAGGCCAUUCGCGAUUGCUUGGAGCACUAUGUCUCGGGCGAGUUCUUCGAGGAGCUCCGGGCGCGCGAGGUGCUCAAGCCGCACGACGUGCUGCUGAAGCGGACGCUCGACGCCGUCGGCGUCACGCGAGACGGCGCGGCCCGGCGCCUUUCGGGCAAGCUCGUCGCGCACACGACGACGUUCGAGGACGGCCUCCUCCGGCCACGGAACGUCUCGCUGACGGACUUUGCCGACGACGCCGCCGUGUUCCGGGCCGUGUCCGCGAGCUGCUGCCUCGACUUCGUGGGAGUGGACGUCUUCGAAGAUGGUUUGUUCCACCACGACGGCGGCCUGUCGGACCCGCUGCCGGUCGACGCGACGCUGCCUACCGUCGAAGUGUCGAUCCUGACGGGCGCGGGCGUCCACGCGGCACCCGGUGUCGUCGCUGCUGGUCUGGGCGCGGGCACGCAGCGGCCGCACCCGUUCCUUCGCUACGACGCCUCGCUCCUCAACGCUCGCGCAUUCCUCGAGGGCGCGGUGCUGACGCGUCGACGGGCGCGCGAGCGCUUCGAGGAGGGGCUGCGCGACGGCGAGGAAUUGCUGCGCCGCGACGCCGAGGAAGCGCUGUUUGUUGCUUAAUGAUGGUAUGUUUGU